AUGUCAAAUAAAUAUUCUCAACAAUUUAAGAAUUUAUUUAAUUUUUCUCGAAAUUUUGCCCGUUUUUGUGGAUGUGACAUUAUAAGUGAUAAUUAUAAAAAAGAUUGGAAAACUUUAGUAGUAUUUCUUGUUAUAAAUAUUGCACUGGGAAGUAUCUUAUACAGUAACUAUGUCGAUGUUAUUGUCAAGGGUGAUGUGUACGUUCUUUUAAAAACCACUUCAGUGAUUGGUACUGCAGUUCAGGGCUACACCAAACUUGUUAAUGUUGUCAAUAAGGAACAAAAAUUUCGCUUUAUGUACAAGGAAAUCCUGGACAUGUAUGAAUCAUUCGAAAUAAAUUCAUUGUCAUAUACAAAAUGGUUAAAAUACAAUAUUUUAUUGGUUAAAAAACUACAACUUGUUACAUUCAUACCAGUGUUGUUGGUAUCUUGUGGUCUUACUGCCGUUCCUCUCUAUAAGUGGAUUUUCGAUAAUACACGUCUUGAUGUUUUGCCAUUCGAUUGGCCUUUCGUAGACAGCUCUACGGAACUGGGUUAUUAUAUAACUCUAGCUGGCCAUUUAAAUAUUCUACAAUGUAAAUUUGAUGAUUUGGAUGAAAUCUUAAAGGAAUUUCCCAAAGAUCCAGAAAAAUCUGAAGAACCUCUAAAAGAUAUAUUCAAAUGGCAUCAGAAAUAUUUAUUAAUGAUAACUGUUAUUAUUAUUCCCUUACAGAACGAUGAUGUUAUUGAUAUGAUCUAUAAUUCGUGUUGGUAUUAUUUGUCAAUACCAGAACAAAAAAUGAUUUUAACUAUGCUACGAGAAUCCCAACAAGCAACUGGUAUUUCAAUUGGAGGUGUUGCACCUUUAUCGCUCAAUACAACUUUGCAAAUUACAAAAACCUUAUAUACCAUAACGAUGAUGUUAAAGAAGUCUCUCAACUGA